AUGCCAUCACCGGUGGCAGCAAAGCUCAGCUGCAAAACCGCCACAAACAGUGGUCCAAAUCUUCACUCUCUCAUGGCAGCAGCGAGCACUCCACCCAAGCUUCCAUGGCAGCGGCGACAGCAGCUUUGGCGUGAGUUUUGGAAUUUUUGUAUUAUAGAAGAGUAUCCACCAACUGAUGUGGAUGCUCUAAACGAUCAUGGAAAUCUCAUAGAGCUUGACACAACUCCGAUUAGAUACGAAUUGAUCUUGGCAAUUUGUGACUCUUCGUCUCUUUUGGUGUUCUCAGCUCCGAUUAGCACAACGAGAUUGCAAGGCUCAAUCCAAGAGAUUGCUAGUAUUGGUUGUGUGGGAAAUGUGCUUUUAGACACUCCAACAAGGAAUUAUUUCAAGAUUUGGCUCCUUCCCUGUGGAAUUCUUUUGGUACUAUUGCUGCACUUAUACAGUCGGCAACAACUUGGUUCCUCCACCAAAGUCCAUAUUGCUUUGGGUUUUCUCAUUUUAGCGCUGCUUACCGCUCUACAAGUCAAGUAUCAAAACUCUGGCAACCCAUUUCAAACGCAUGGUGCAAUUAUGUCAUCUUUUAUUGUACUUGUGAUUGGUUACGCUUUAACAUUGGCAGGGAUAAGCCAACCAACUCUCAACACAAGCUACCUCCAUAUAGGCAGGAGAAUGUGCAUCAUUUUAGGAACUUCUGCCUCCGGCUUGCUGGUAGAGGUCCUUCUACCACUGUGGGGAAUCCUAAUCCUAAUCCUCGCUAUUUCUGCAUUAAUGUUUGCACAGUUACUGUGUGUCUCACAUCAACAGAUUCUCCAAUGCUUUGUACAAAUUUUCCAAUCAAUCAAUCAAUCUAUUUCAGAGGCAGUCAAAACAUUGUGUGGAUGGGUCCAAAAUGGUUUCUAAUCGCUACAGCAAGCAGCUUCCAAAGCAUUCAACUGUUCUUCAAUGCCAACUGCAACUGCCAACUCAAUAGAGAACCAAGUGGAAAAUGUAGCAACUAGUGGCUAAAUAGUCCUAUCAAUUUAGAGUUUCAGAUUAUCAUAAUAUCAGUAAGUGACCUUAUAUUUCGAUUAAUUUAAGCUCCUAUUUAAUGUUAAAUCCACAUAUUAAUAUGUUAAUAUCAAUUUAAGUUUCUGCAACAA